GAGAGAAAAGAUUGAGGAUAAGGCAAAAAAACUGGAGAAAUGUGAGAAAUUCAACGGUCAUUUUCAUGGCGAAGGGAAAACUGGUGCGAAAGGAGUUAUUCUGGGACUCCUUUGAGCCUCGAAACGCUGGAUCAAAAUGCUCAUAGUGGAGAAGACCACAGACUUUCCCUCUGCUGAGUUCUCUCUGGUGGAGGAUGUGGCUCUGCACUUCACCUGUUUGAUGGACAGGCUGAAUGAGCAGCGCCUCUUCCAGCCUGACCUGUGUGACGUAGACAUCGUUCUGGUGCGUCAGCACAGCACCUUCCCAGCUCACAAGGGCGUGCUGGCGGCCUACAGCCCAUUCUUCCACUCCCUUUUCGCCCAAAGCAAACAGCUGCGACGGGUGGACCUGUCGCUGGAUGCCCUAACGUCACAGGGCCUGCAGCAAAUCCUCAACUUCAUCUACACCUCCAAACUGCUGGUGAGCAGCCGCACUGUUCGCGACGUGCUGAACGCUGCUACACUGCUUCAGAUGAGCGACAUUGCAGCUUCCUGUCGUGACCUCAUCAGCAGCCACUCGCUGAGAACCACCUGCUUAGAUAUGGCCAAUCAGGAAGGGCUCAGCAGCAGUGACCCAGCUACUGUGGCGAUGCCUCCCAGUCAGCUGUACCGGGAGAUCAAACAGGAGUCAGAGUUGGGCAGGGUGUACACACGGGAGGGCAGCAGCCCGUUUUCUGUUAAAGUGGAGGAGGCAGGCAAAGCGGCUUCCCAUCCGAAGCAAUACUACACAAAGGAUGAGGGGUCUGUGGGUGGGGCUGGCACAGGUGUGGUCGCUUUGUGCAAAGUUGAGGGCAAUGGGGAGGAGUCAAAGACCACAGAGGGCCACACCUCCUUCAACAGAGAUCAGAUCAUAGUUGAAGUCAACCUCAACAACCAGACUCUUAAUGUGUCAAAAGGGUCAGAGGGCAAAUCAGCAACCGCUGCAGAGACAGCCACUAUGUUCAGUCAUUGCUGUGACAACAAGAGAGAUUCAGAGGAUGAUGAUGAGAAUGAGGCAGAGAAUGAUGAUGCAGUUGGAGACGAGGAUGAUGAUGAUGACCUAAAGAGGGCUGACAUACUGGGGCAGAGCAGCGAAGAGGAAGAUGAGGAGGAGGAUGAGGAAGAGGAGGAGAACACCCUCAACAUUCCAGGUUUGGAGCAGCCAGCAAUGAUGGAUCGACCUCGUCGGGGCACCAGAGCCUUGACCAUGGCAGGUACAACUGCUUCCAUGCGGCAGACACUCACAGAGGCCACGCUGGCCAACCAGCGGCCAGGUGGGAAGAGGACGCUGGACGCAGAGGGCCUUGGCCAGAAAGUGAGGCUGGAGGAAAAGCAACAUUUCCCAUGCAAGAAAUGCCCUCGCGUCUUUAACAACCGCUGGUACCUGGAAAAACACAUGAAUGUCACUCACAACCGCAUGCAGAUCUGCAAUAACUGUGGGAAACGCUUCCUGCUGGAGAGUGAGCUGCUGCUGCACCAACAGACCGACUGUGAGAAGAGCAUCCAGUGUGUAACAUGUGGCAAGGCUUUCAAGAAGCUGUGGUCGUUACACGAGCAUAACAAGAUCGUCCACGGCUACGCGGAGAAGAAGUUUUCCUGUGAGAUCUGUGAGAAGAAGUUCUACACCAUGGCUCAUGUCAGGAAGCACAUGGUCGCUCAUACGAAGGACAUGCCAUUCACCUGUGAGACGUGCGGGAAGUCGUUCAAGCGCAGCAUGUCCCUGAAGGUUCACUCUCUGCAGCACUCUGGAGAGAAACCCUUCAAGUGUGAGAACUGUAGUGAGCGCUUCCAGUAUAAAUACCAGCUGCGUUCCCACAUGAGUAUCCACAUCGGACACAAGCAGUUCAUGUGCCAGUGGUGCGGAAAGGACUUCAAUAUGAAACAGUACUUCGAUGAACACAUGAAAACACACACUGGAGAGAAGCCGUACAUCUGUGAGAUUUGUGGGAAAAGCUUCACGAGUCGGCCCAACAUGAAGCGCCACCGUCGCACACACACCGGGGAGAAGCCCUACCCCUGCGAGGUGUGCGGCCAGCGCUUUCGCUUCUCCAACAUGCUCAAGGCCCACAGGGAGAAAUGCUUCCGCGUCAGCAACCCCAUGGUUACCGCCGGCAACGACCCCCUCGGCCUCGAUCAGCCUCUGGCCUCGCCCACCGUGGACUCUUCUGGUCAGGUCCAGCUGGGGACGACACUCCCCGCCCCACCUGUGACCACACCCGCUGCUGCCUCUAGCCCCCACCCUCUCCAUGGCACCCAGCUGUCUCUCCCCCUGCUGCACUCCAUGGGGGGGCUGCCUCCCACCCCACAUUUACCCCCUCCUCCUCCCCUGUUCUCUGCCGGUAGGAUGAACUCCAACAACUAACAAAUCUCUGUAGCAUCGAAAGCACUUUGUUACUUUUGUUUUAUUAUUUUUCUUUGAGCUUUUGAGAGGACUCCUGCAGAGGGAGAGCGAUGCACCUCCAGUGACAUUUACACUGAGGGGGAAAAAACUGAAUGAUGGCUACAUGAAGGCCUCAUUAAAAAAAAAAUAAAUAAAACACACAUACACCUGCAGUACCACAAUAAGAAAUAGUUAUUUUUUACUCUGUCGAAUACAAUAGAUAACCUCAGAGUCCAGUUGGACGUGUCUUCACCAUACUUCCCCUCAUGAAUUUCACAACCCUGUUCCGGUUUCAUUUGGGAUUUUUCCGACACCACGCGCAUCUCUCCAGAGCCUUGCACAAUGCAUUGAUUGUAGCAUCUUUUACAAAAGUGGGAGGAAGAGUUUCCUCAAUCUUCACUCAUACAGGGGUCAUCAGUCAAGUGAGAACCACACGAAGAUGAAAGAAUUUUUUUAUUUUCAUUCUCUGCCAAGAUGUAGCAAGUGGUUCUGGUCUGACCCAGCAAUAACCAAAUGCUGAUUUGUCUUUGAGCAUAUACAUGUAUAUGGCAUUGCCAAUAACCAAAUCCUGUUAGCUCACCUGCUAUAGUUAGGUAAUGUUAUAAAGCAUUUAUAAUCAAUCCUGCACCUUACAUUUAACUCUAGUGAUAUUUAAAAUGUACUCCUAACUGUCUCCAUUUUUAUAAUCGUGAUCGUGUGUAAUUUGUGGCACGUUACGUCAUUCGUGAGGACUAAAGAGAAGU